AUCAAUAUUUGUAAUUUAUUUUCCUUUCAGAAGUUGUCAUUGCUAAAAGAGUAAAAAAUCAUCAAAAUGAUUAUUUUAGGAAAUGCCCGAAAAGCCCUUGCUAGAUCCUUGAGUACUGGGAGAGUUUUAAGACAGAAUGCCCAAUUGGCGGGCUUUUAUGAGGAAGAGCAGCUAAGUAUGCAGAAAACUGUGAAGAAGAUUAUUGAAGAAGAUAUUAAUCCUUUUGUUGAUCAAUGGGAGGCAGAGGGACAAUAUCCCGCCAAACAGGUUAUGAAGAAAUUAGGCUCUGUGGGUUUAUUAGGUGUAAACAAACCAGUGGAAUAUGGAGGUAUGGGCUUAGACUUCAAAUACAGUGUUGCCUUGAACGAAGAAAUGGGGAAUGUAAACUGUGGUGCUAUACCUAUGUCAGUAGCCGUUCAAACAGAUAUGGCCACACCAGCUUUAGCCAGAUUUGGAUCUGACGCCCUAAAGAGAGAGUUUCUAGCUCCAUCUAUUCAAGGAGAUGUUGUUGCUUGUCUUGGGGUCAGUGAACCUGGUGCAGGAAGUGAUGUUGCCUCGUCAACAACUAAUGCUGUAAGACGAGGUGAUGACCUGAUCAUUAACGGGCAGAAAAUGUGGAUUACAAAUGCGUUCCAAGCAGAUUGGAUCUGUCUACUCGCCAAUACAUCAGAAGGACCAGCACAUCUUAACAAAUCUCUGAUAUGUGUUCCCAUGAACAGUCCUGGAAUCCACUUGAACAAACGAAUUGACAAGAUGGGAAUGAGAAGUUCAGACACCGCCCUCAUUUUCUUCGACGAUGUCAGAGUGCCAGCAGCUAAUAUUAUUGGGGACGCAGGCAUGGGGUUCACCUACCAGAUGCUUCAGUUUCAGGAGGAAAGAUUGGCUUGUGCCGCGCUUGCACUCGCGCCCUUAGACAAGUGCAUAAAAGAGACUGCCGAAUACUGCAGAACAAGAAUGGCGUUUGGUUCCCCAUUGUUGAACAACCAGACAAUUCACUUUAAGCUUGCCGAACUCCAAACUGAAGUUGAGAUGCUCAGAGCAACAUUGUACAGGGCAACAGAUCUUCAUGUACAGGGAGGUGAUGUGACCCAGCUUGCCUCUAUGGUGAAGUUGAAGGCUGGGAGGCUGUGCAGGGAGGUCACGGACUCCUGUCUCCAGUUCUGGGGAGGAAUGGGAUUCACCAACGAAGUUCUUAUCAGCAGGAUGUACAGGGACCUGAGGCUGAUUUCUAUUGGAGGAGGAGCCGACGAGGUUAUGUUGGGGAUAAUUGCCAAGACUAUGGGAAUCCUUCCCAAACCUCAAAAGAAGCAAAAAUAAAGGAAAUAUUUUUGUGGAUUUUGACUAAAAGAUAAUCAAUUUCUCUUUUCGAUGCGGAGGGGGGGGGGGGGCUAUCAUCAAAUUGAUGUUAGGAUAGCA